CAAAAUGAGGAUAAAGUCAUUCGGGGCAUAUUUGGAACAAAACGAAGUGCAGCCACUUCAGCUAUGGGACGAGGCCGUGGUCAUCGACGGACACAAUUUCUUCUUCCGCACCUACGAGGAGAGCGGCCUCGCUUACGAGCUCGGCUGCGAGUGCGACCGCUACGCCGCCUACCUCAACCAGUAUCUCUCUAUGUUCCAGAGGGCUAACGUACGUUGCUACUUCUUGUUUAAAGGCGGCUGGAGAGACAUGGGGGAAAAAUUAGAAAAUAAUAUAAAGCCCCCUAAAGCUUACCUUAGAAGACCGGUCUUCACAAAAAAUAUAAUCAAAGAAGUCUUAAAUCAAAACAAUUUUGAAUAUGUCUUUUGUGAAUAUGAAUCAAAAAAUGACAUCAUCGAGUUGGCUCAAACACUCAACUGUCCAAUAAUAAGCCACGAUGUCGAAUUCUGCUUCUCGGGACACCCGUACAUAUCCAUCGCUACGCUCAAAUAUAGCGAAAAUGAUAACUCUAUUAAUUGUGGAGUUUUCUUACUUAGGGAUUUUCUACAAAAGCAUAAAUUAACCGAGGACAAACUGGCUACUUUCAUAGUAUUAACUGACGAACUACUAUAUCCAGCGAAUUUUUUCUCUGAGGUUUAUAAACUAAUGUGUAACGGACGAGUUUACGGGGUUUGGAAACGAAAUUUAACCUUGUUGGGCUGGCUUUCUAGAAACGACACAGAUCAGAUUUUGAGAACUAUAUUUAGGCUCUUGUCUGAAAAAGAUAGAGAGAUUUUUGUAGAGAAAAAAAAAGAAGCGCGAAUGCUGAUAGAGCGGCGCCCAUCCGGCGGGUUCGGCGCGGAGUGUUUGUUGAAUCCCGCUGCCGCCCGCGUCCCGCGACUCGACCCGGACUGGUUCACUAAGGGCGUCGGCGCUGCUCACAUAGAUCAAGAAUACGUUAACCUGUACCGCUCUGAACAUUUCUAUGGUUCUAAAGCUUUAGCUGACAAAGAUCAAGACGACGCAAUGGUCCCGUCGUUGAAGAUUGUAAAGUACGCAUUCGAUUUACUGACAAAUUUCCAGAAUGACGGAUUUAAUUUCGUUUAUGACACGGAGUCUGCUCAGGAAACAAUGGUCGUAGGAGGCGCUUAUUCUAUUCCGAAGCCGGCGUAUCACGAUCCGGAGACGAGCGUAUUCGAGAACGGGUGGGACUCAGUGCGAGCACUAGGACUGUUGGAGCAUUUCGUGCGGUCGACGCUGCAGCUUGAAAACCUGCGGCGCGUCGAGCGCGUACCAGAGCCGGCGCGGCUGCUACUUGUGGCGCUGGCGUACUACUCGCGCCGCCGACCCGCGGCGCCCGCGGCGCUGCCCGCGGCGGUACUGCUCACCCACGUCAUGCUCGACGUGGUCGUUGACAACCAUAACAACAAUGUGACUGAAGCCGAUUGCGGAAUAGCGGCCGCUAUAAUGGAGGAGUACUUUGAUCGUGUGGAUGAGAUCGAUCUGAGGUUGCUUCACCCGCUGGUGGAGUACCAGCUGUGCGUGGCGCAGUUGUCGGCGCUGAACGUGCUGUGCGGCGCGGAGCUGCCGCCGCCGGUGCUGGCGCGCAGCUACAACGCCACGCUGGCGUACCGGCUCCUGCGCGCCGCCCGACGCGCUCCAGACCACGUGGCCUUUCUAGACGAACUACUCGGCCCGGCUCCUACUGUAUAUGCUUACUUUAACGGCCUCCGGGAGGCUUAUGAGGAUUUGUUGUUUGUUGAAGCACCGGAGGACUUGUAACUUUAGAUAUCUUUUACAUGUUAUAAAAAAGUUACGGUUUGCCGCGUUUAAGGGUGCCGACGUUAAAAUGUCAGCGGCACAUUAUGGGUUAAA